AAUGCUAGUUAUCAGGUGGAUAUCCCUGAAUUAGUAGAUGCAGAAAUCCGGUUCUCAUGGUUGGCUGCUCAUGUGUCAAGUCCAGUGAAGUGCAAUGGGUUGUACUACUGGUUGGAUACUGCUGGAAACCUAGGAAUAUUUGACCCCAAGGACAACGAAUGUAGUUGGACCGUUUGUGACAAGCCCCUACGAAGACUCAAUAACUCACAACAAAGUUUUAUGAUCGAAAGUGAUGGAGAAUUGUUUACAGUGUUUGUUGGUUGUGAUGGAAGACAAGUUCAUGUUUUUAAGCUGGAUUUUUCGGAGGAGGCUUGGCAUGAGGUACAAAGCUUGGGAGAUAAAAUGGUGCACGUUAGUUACAGGUCAUCCUUCUCAGAAAAGGCUGUGGUGAGAGGAACUGGUAACAAGAUUUACUUUCCAAAGUUUUAUGGGGGCAAUGGAGUGUUCUAUUCUCUCGGUACCAGGAAAUUCCACUCCUUUGUUGGUAACUUCUCUAAGGAAGAUUUUUACGAUAUGAAAGAUAUGAAGCACUGCACCUGGAUUAAGCUGAGGCUUACGAGAGCUUGUGAUGCUGAGAUCAAAUGGUGA